GGCGAGCAGUGGCAGGCGGCGCUGGCGCUGCUGGGUGAGAUGCGGGAGGCGAAGCUGGAGUCCAAUAUCAUCAGCUACAGCUCUGGAAUCAGCGCGUGCGAGAAGGGCGGCCACUGGCAGCCGGCGCUGGCGUUGUUGAGCGAGAUGCGGGAGGCGGAGCUGGAGCCCAACGUCAUUUUCGGCUACAGCGCUGGGAUCAGCGCGUGCGAGAAGGUCAAGCAGUGGCAGCGGGCGCUGACGCUGCUGAGCGAGAUGCGGGAGGCGAAGCUGGAGCCCAACGUCAUCAGCCACAACGCUGGGAUCAGCGCGUGCGAGAAGGGCGAGCAGUGGCAGCGGGCGCUGGCACUGCUGAGCGAGAUGCGGGAGGCGAAGCUGGAGCCCGACUCAGCUACAGCGCUGGGAUCAGCGCGUGCGAGAAGGGCGAGCAGUGGCAGCCGGCGCUGGCGCUGUUGA